CCUUUCCCCCAGCAGUAGCUAGAUGGCGUCCGUGCCCAGUCUUCUCCGCGGCACUGAGACAGCUGAGUCACACAUAACAUUUAGCUAGAGACCAAGAUAAAUAGAGAGCUAGAGUGCGAAAAAGAGUCUACGGUCGAGAAAUUGUAGCGAGUACGCUGAUUUUGGACCCCAACUGCCUCUGACACCACGUCGAAAGAUGCUGACGAUAACACUGAAGACCCUUCAACAGCAGACGUUCAAAAUAGAAAUAGAUCCAGAAUUGACGGUCAAAGCCCUGAAGGAGAAAAUAGAGAAGGACAGAGGAAAAGAUGCAUUUCCUGCUGCAGGACAAAAACUCAUCUAUGCAGGCAAAAUCUUGAACGAUGACACCCAGCUGAACGAGUACAAAAUCGAUGAGAAAAACUUUGUGGUGGUCAUGGUUACCAAGCCUAAACCAGCCCCUACUCCACAAGCAGCACCUCAGCCAACAGCCCAACCAGCUGUGGCUCCAGCACCAGCACCAGCACCAUCCUCUGCUUCAGGCCCAGCACCCGCCUCUGGCACAACACAAGAGCCCUCCACACCGAAGCAUACAGCGUCUGCACCCACACCUACCCCACAGUCGGUGCCUCGCUCUGAACCCCCGCCCCCAGCGCAGGAAAACACCCCCCUGGCUUCUGUUGAAGCAACAGCAGCUCCGGACUCAAACACAGCCCCGGGCUCAGCUCCAGCCUCUGCUUCAGCUGCUACUCCAGCCUCGGCCCCAGCUCCAGCUCCAGCUCCCAAAGUUGUCCAGACAGCCCCGGCCUCGGCGUCAGCCUCGGCCCCUGCAGACUGCCCCACCGCCACACCAGACCCUCCCCAGCCAGAAGAAAAGCUAAGCGAAGACCCGGAGAAUGAGCCAGCUGCCACUGAAGAAGUCCUAUCCAUUGCUUCAAGCCUCGUUGAUGAACUGGGUCUCCUUGAAGAAGCAGCGUCAAUACUGGUGACAGGUCCAGCCUAUGAGAACCUGGUGUCAGAGAUUAUGUGCAUGGGUUAUGAGCGAGAGCAGGUAGUUGCUGCACUCCGAGCCAGUUACAACAACCCGGACCGAGCAGUGGAGUAUCUACUCAUGGGUAUUCCAGCAGAGGCCAGUGAUCUGCCACCUCCGGAGCCAGUUAGACACAGUGCUCCAGCCAUCCCGCCCACCCCUGCUACACAAGAACCACUGCAGCCCCCAGCAGCGUUAAACACAGGGCUGGUGUCUGGCAGCCAGCCUUCCCCUGCUCGGGGAGGCCCCGUCUCCACAGAGAACCCUCUGGAGUUCCUGAGGAACCAGCCUCAGUUCCAGCAGAUGAGACAGAUCAUCCAGCAGAACCCGGCCCUCCUACCAGCCCUUCUGCAGCAGCUAGGCAGAGACAACCCGCAGCUGCUGCAGGUACCACACCAGCACACUCACCGCGCUACACAAAUCACGCAGCACCAGGAGCGUUUUGUGCAGAUGCUGAAUGAGCCACGAAGCGGAGAGACGGAGGGGGACGGGGCCGAGGCUCAGGGGUCACCACAAACCAACUACAUCCAGGUCACCCCGCAGGAAAAGGAGGCCAUUGAGAGGUUAAAAGCGCUGGGCUUUCCGGAAGGCUUAGUCAUCCAGGCUUACUUCGCCUGCGAGAAGAACGAGAAUCUAGCUGCCAACUUCCUGCUACAGCAGACGUGGGACGACGAGUAACCCAAAACCUCACCUGACGCAUCACCGUUCAACAGAGGGCCGCAGAAUAGAUGACAGCCCUACACCAGGUUCCACCAGGGAGGAACCGGAACAGGAGAGGGAAGGAGGACUGUUCUUUUCAUGCCAUGUGACUGUGGUCUAAUUACGGGGGUGAUGGUGAUGGCGAAGACAACGCUGUUGAAAGUUAGCUGUGCUGCCCUACCCUCCAUUCAGCCGUGACGAUCAUCAUAAGCAGCUCAGAAACGGAGCUGAUAUCAUAACUGCUGCCGCUUGUGCCGAGUGAUCACACUGAGAGAAGUCAUGCUAGGAAACAUAGCAACACUCUGCAUCACCUUCUCAGGCCAAACAGGCUUUGAUUUCCAGGGUUUCCUCUGCAGUCAGCUCACAGACUGCCUGCAGAAGAUGUGUUAAACUUACACUACGGUACAUAUACAGUGUACACACUACAGC